AUGCUGCAGCAACGGCUGGACCUGCUGCAGCGUGAGCAGGAAGGGAGGCGGCAGCACUAUCAGCAGCAGCAGGAGUUCUUUCAGCAGCAGCAGCACGCGUCUGGGCAGUAUCGUCAUCUGCAACAGCACCAUAGUUUGUACUGGGGGAGUUCUGGUCGGUGGUUCCUGCAAUGGCAGCAGCCAGAGCAGCAGCAGGCGACGCCGCAACUGCAAGGGGGUCAACAGUUGGUGCCACCCCAGGGAUCCCAGCCGGGAGCACAAGACGAGAGCCCGUUGCAACAGCAGCGGCAGGACGUGAUGCGGCAGGGCGUGCGCGAACAGCGCGAUAAACAAGCAAAGCGGAAGAGACACGAGGAAGAGGAGGCGGAGGACGGAGAGCAACACGCCAGUGCAUUCUCACCUUAUAAUGAAAAUAUAUGGCUUUCCUCUGGCAUCCCAAGGCACCAGAUACCUCAGCCCAGCACCUCUCAACAGGCAUUGCAUUCUUCUGCUGCUCCAACAGUACUAAGUCCCUGGAUGGCCGAGCACAUGCUCACGCUGGCGAAUCCUGGAUUCCCAUCUGUUCGUCUUGCCGCACCUGCUGUUUCUGCUUUUGCAGAGGCUUCAAGGGAUGAAGCUGCUGUAGCUCGUGAAGCAUGGGAUGCAGCAGCAUGCGCAGCAGCCGCGCUUCAUAAUCGUGUUGCCGGGUCGCCGUCUGCUCCAUCCACGAUAGACAGAGCAGGCACUAGCGUGGAGGUGACGGCCUUUUCUACUUUCCAGGCUGCUGCAUGUGCUGAGUGUGCACGCAGAGCAGCGCCCGCAACAGCAGCGGGUUCUGCCGCACCCGCAUCUGCACCGCAUGCAGCAACUACGGGCAUGCCAGAGAGUCCGGGUGAAGAUUAUGGUUUUCACCCAUUCGUACGUCUGCCAAGGCCAAUAACAUCCCCGGGAUCUCCCCCGAGGAUUGACUUCAAGCGUGCCGUGUCCAGCGUGGCCGGCAUGAGGGAUGGUGUGUCACUUCUGCUGAAGGUUCGUCAGUUGCUUGGGAGAGCAAUGUUGUUUCCUACAGAGUUGAAAGACCUGACUCUUGUGACUACACUCCUGAUGGCGCACCUAAUGCAUCACCAAAAGCAGGACUUGUCAUUGCACCUGAGCGGACACGCACUUGAGCGGUUGGGUCUUCGUUUUCUCAUGUUGGAUGCUGUGGUUUCAUCCAUGAUCGUUCUUGGGCAGACACCAAAUCCAGAAGAUUGGAAGCGUUUCGUAGAUUCCAUUGGCCACGCCGCACCCCUUCCGGUUGAGAGCGGCGUAGGGCGACCGAAUUUAACCAUAGCUGGGGCACGUGAACUAAGUGACGCACUGCAAACACUCAAGACGGGAAGGAGGCCGGACCCCCCAACCAUUGUGAAACUCAAGCGGAUGCUUCUCUGCUCAUCGUCCGCCCCUGCCCGUUUUAAAAGACCGAUCUUCGAUCCCUGGAGAGAGGAUGACGACAGGUUUUCCAGUGGGCUGUAG